AUGGCGAGCGAUAGAUUGCCUAAGAACGUCGAGCCCGUCCACUAUGACCUUGUGCUCCGCACCGAUCUCGAGGAGAAGGCGUACUAUGGCGUCGCGAACAUCGCCCUCGUCGCACGCGAGGACACAUCGGCGGUGACUCUGCAUGUCUGCGACCCUAUUCGCCUUGGGCAGGUGUGCGCCCUCGUCCCCGACAUACUGGGCUUAGCGCCCCCGAAUGGGCACAAGCAGCACACGAUCCCCGCCAAGGACAUUACAGUGGAUUCUGACUCUGAGCGCGCGACCUUCCAGUUCCCCUUCCCUUUCGCCAAAGGGACGCAGUUCACCCUUCGCAUUCACUACCAGGGAACGCUCACAAACACUGGGAUCGGGUACAGCGUGUCGGAAUGGCAGAAGGAGGGGGAGGCGCGCGUGAGGCGCUAUGCGAAGACCAUGUUCCAGCCAGUCCGCGCCAGAAGUGCAGUCCCCUGCUUCGACGAGCCCGCGCUCAAGGCUACGUUCAAGGUGUCCAUGAUAACCCGCGCCGAGUACACCAGCAUCAACAACAUGCCCGCGGAGAAGGAGAGCGCAUACGAUACACAGGAGGAUGUCCACGGGCUGUUCCCUGAGCGCAUUCCGAGUCGCGACGCUUGGAAGAUCACGCAUUUCGGCAAGACCCCUCGCAUGUGCACCUACAUCCUCGCCUUCUCAACGGGCGAGUUCGACUACCUGGAGAGCGCGUAUGUGAGCCCGAUCACCGGCGAGAGGAAGCCUGUGAGGGUGUACUCAACACCAAACAUCCUUCCCGGCGGCGCGUUCGUCCUCUCGGUCAUUGCCCGCGCGCUCCCGCUCUACGAGUCCCUCUUCGGCGUCGCCUACCCCUUGCCCAAGCUCGACACGCUCAUCGCCACCAGCUACGGUGGUGGGAUGGAGAACUGGGGGCUCAUCAUCACCAGUGAUGAUGCGUCCAUAGUUGACCCCAAUUCAGCGGACCUGCAGAAACAGCAGAAGGCGAUGAGCCACAUCGCGCAUGAAGUCGGGCACAACUGGUUCGGCAAUAUCGUGACGAUGGGAUGGUGGAGUGGGCUGUAUCUAAAUGAGGGGUUGUGCAAUUUGUUUACUACUAUCAUCUGUGACCAGCUGUAUCCUGAGUGGGACUCUGGCUCUGCGCAGAUGAGCUCCCUGGACACUGGCCUCAAGCUCGACGCGAAGCCGAGCUCGCACCCCGUCGAGGUGGACGUGAGCGGGAGCAAGAGGCUGAAUAACAUCUUCGACAUGCUCACCUACUCAAAAGCCGAGUCCGUCUUCGACAUGAUCAUGCAUUACCUCGGACAGGACGUCUUCGUGCACGGGAUACAGAUCUACUUGAAGCGGUACUUAUAUGGCAAUACGGUGCGACAGGACCUCUGGAGGGCGUUGGGGGAGGCGGCAGGCAACUGGUUCACGCAGACCGGAUUCCCUCUCCUCUCCGUCACGGAAACCGUAUCCGAGGUUCCGUCCGGCGGUCUCCGGAUCCGGCAGGACAGGUUCUUGGAGACCGGCCUCGCGGAUGGCGAGGCGAACGUGCUCUGGCAUGUCCCCGUCGUCCUAUGGCAUGUACCACCCGGCGGUGCAACGUACACGACGACAAAGAUCCUGCUGACGGAGCGCGAGACGGUCGUACCAUGCGACCUGCACUUCCCGUACAAGUUGAACUACGGGAAUCAUGGGUUUUACCGCGUGCUUUACUCCGGCGCAAUUAGCCGCAAGGUCGCCAACGUCCUGCUCUCGGGCGCCAAGAUCCCCACUCGUGAUCGGAUAGGUUUCGUCAACGACGUGAUAGCGCUGGCGAAGGCGGGGCUGAUGCGCGUCGACGAGGUGCUGGGCCUUCUCGAGCUCUUCAUCAAGGGUAGCCGGGAGCAUCUGGUCCUCCAGGCCGUCGCUGCAGGCUUGUCUAUCAUCGCCUCUACCUGGUGGGAGGACUCGGCGGUGCUGUCCAGUCUGAAGACUUGGGAGAGGACCGUCUGGCGCCCCAUCUUCGACGACCUCGGUUUCGAGAACAGGCCCGACGACUCGGUCACCACGCGCGCUAUCCGGGCGCUAGUGGUGGCGCGGUUGGCGGAUGCGCGGGAUGUGGGCGUCGUCCUAGAACUCCAGCGCCGAUUCCGUGCCUUCGUUGAUCAUGGCGACGACUCAGGGCUCACGGCUGAUUUGGAGCAGGCGGUUAUGACUACGGGCGUCCGCUACGGCGGCGAGGUCGCGUACGACAAGGUCCGCGCGCUGUACACACCGGGGCAAGGCCCGUUCGCGCAGAAGAUGUAUAUUGUUGCCACCGCCCUCACCGCCACCGAAGCCCCUGCACGAUUAGACGCCGCUGUCGGGCUCGCUCUCAACGGCGCGCGGAUGGAGCACGCGGCGUUGUUUUUGGGCGGGCUGCAGGCGAAUCCGCUGACCAGGAGGAAGGCGGCGGAGGCAUUGUUGGGGAGGUUUGAGGAGGUCGUCAACAGAUUCAAGGAGGGCAUGGGGCUCGAAUACGUGAUCUCGAGCGGCUUGAGCGGGCUGUCGACGUGGGAGGAUUACGAGCGGUUGAAGGUGUUUUUUGAGGAGCGCGACACGUCGGUGUACAGGAUGGUCGCAGAGCAGACGCUCGAUGCUAUCCGGGCGAAUACGCUGUUCUUGGAGGUGCGUGUGCAGGAUGGGUGCGAGGGAUGGGUUGCUGAUCAGAGGUGA